AUGGAAAUUGAUCUGAACCAUGCAUUAGAGAGUGAGGUGGAGAAGAAUGCAUGCGGCUGUAAUGGAGAAUGUGGCAAAGUGGUGGGAGGUUGUGCUUAUUGCUCCUUCUCCACCUCCACUUCCUCUUGCUCUUCCAACAGCUCUUCCUCUAAUCCUCCUCCUCCAUCAAAAAUCUUCAAGGAGCUCUGGUAUGCCUGUGCUGGGCCAGUCACCAAUUUGCCCAAGAAAGGAAAUGUGGUGGUCUAUUUCCCUCAAGGUCACUUGGAACAAGCUGCCUCUGUCUCUUCCUUCCCUCUCCUGGAUGUCCCUACUUUUGAUCUCCAGCCCCAGAUCUUUUGCAGGAUUUUAGAUGUUGAGCUACUUGCUAAUAAGGAAAAUGAUGAGGUCUAUACACAGCUGACUCUGCUUCCCAUCUCAGAGUUUCUAGCUUUGCGUCUAGAAGGAAAAGAACAAGAAGAGGCCGGCACUGAUGAAGAGGGUACUGAAGCUGUGCCCUUGAAAUCAACCUCUCAUAUGUUCUGCAAAACACUUACUGCAUCAGAUACCAGCACUCAUGGUGGAUUUUCGGUUCCUCGAAGAGCUGCUGAGGACUGUUUCCCACCUUUGGAUUAUAAAGAACAAAGGCCCUCUCAGGAGCUGGUUGCCAAGGACCUUCAUGGAGUGGAAUGGAAAUUUCGUCACAUCUACAGAGGCCAGCCAAGGCGACAUUUGCUUACUACUGGAUGGAGUAUUUUUGUCAGCCAGAAGAAUCUUGUUUCAGGGGAUGCUGUCCUGUUUCUGAGGGGAGAUGGCGGGGAUUUGAGGUUGGGAGUGAGAAGAGCUGCUGGGCUUCGAAAUGGCCUAUCUGACUCAAUUAUAAAAAGUCAGACUUCUUACCCCAAUGUUCUUGCAGCAGUGGCAAAUGCUGUUUCAAGCAAUUCGCCUUUUAAGAUUUUCUACAGCACAAGGGCGAAUCAUGCUGAUUUCAUUGUGCCGUACCAAAAAUAUGCGAAAAGCAUUACUAAUCCUAUUCCUCCCGGCACAAGAUUUAAAAUCAGUGUUGAUCUGGACGAUGCUCCUGAGAGAAGGUACAGUGGUGUUGUAACUGGAUAUGGUGACAUGGAACCCCGCAGAUGGCUCAACUCAAAGUGGAGAUGCUUGACGGUCAGAUGGGAUGAAGAUGUCACUAAUCAUCACGAACGAGUUUCUCCAUGGGAAAUUGAUUUUUCAGCUGCUUUUCCUACCCUGAGCAUCCAGACACCCCCUAGGAUGAAAAAGCAACGUAUCUGCAUGCAAGGAGACAUGCAGAAAAGCACGAAAAGUAGUGCUGACCUGUUGCUGCCUUUAUCAUACAAUGAUAAUGUUCCUGGUGCUGGUAGGAAAGUCAUGUUCCCUUCCACAUGGAAUAGCUAUAUUCCUGGUCAGGUUUCCCUUUGGGACUUUGCGGAGUCUGUAGGAUCCGGUAAGGUCUUGCAAGGUCAAGAAAAUUUAGGUUUACCUACGCCUCUUUAUGGAUGCGAUAAGGUAAACCGCCAGUUGGAAUUUGAGAUGCAUCCUGUUGCACCUCAAAGUCGGCUUGUGUCCAAUAGAAUGGAAAAGGCUCACUAUGGUAAUUUUAGCCCUAGUCAGCCUUCCAGCACCACCUAUUCAGGCUCUCUGGAAUCAUCAAAUUGUUUUCCAAAGGUCUUGCAAGGUCAAGAAAUUUGCUCAUUGAAAUCUUUGACUGGAAAAAAUGAACUAAAUCCUGGAAUUUGGAGAAAGCCCGAGCUUGGUGGCAACAUUUUCAAUCAAAGAACUUUGGGUAGCUAUCCUCUAGCAACUGAAGGUGUUCGAAAUGUGGUUUUUCCUUAUGGCGGAGUCUUCAAAGGUGGUCAAGAUCCUGUAAUGGUUUCUUAUGUGGGUAAACUUCAAAGAGAUACUCAUGUGGCAACCAAGGAAUCUUCCUUCCGAGACAGUGUUAACAGGGAUGAAGGCCUUCCUAAUCUUUCUAAUGAGCAAAAAGCUCUGGAGAAGACUUCUGCCCUCCCCAACUCAGGAACACCUCUGAAUAUUCAAAGAGAUGAAAACAAGGAUCCAGGUCCGGUUUGUAAACUAUUUGGUUUUUCCCUUGUAGAAGAAGUCCCUACCUCAAGUUCACAGAAUAGCAGGAGAAGUUGCACAAAGGUGCAUAAGCAGGGGAAUAAGGUGGGAAGGGCCAUUGAUCUCUCCAAACUUAAUAGUUACAGCGACCUGCUAAUUGAACUGGAGAGGCUCUUCAGCAUGGAGGGACUGCUACAGGACCCAAGCAAAGGAUGGAGAAUCUUGUAUACUGAUAGUGAAAAUGAUAUGAUGGUUGUUGGGGAUGACCCAUGGCAUGAAUUCUGCGAAGUGGUUUCAAAGAUCCACAUAUAUACCCAAGAAGAAGUGGAGAAGAUGAACAUUGGAGUGAUCAGCGAAGACACUCGAAGUUGUUUGGAAGAAUCGCCGCCAAGGAUGGAUGGCUCGAAGUCAUCUUCAGUUAGCGCUCCCGAUUCAUCUCCAACAGUAGUCAGGAUUUGA